GAGUGAGAUUGUUGAUGAGGUGAAGAGCUGCUUUUUAGUCAGCCUCUGUCAAUAGGAAGUUGGCCUCACUGCUGCUAGUGUUAAUAUAUCAGAGGAGCCUUUCUCUCAUUUUGUUACUACAGUUGUAGUAAGUUGAUAACUACUUUCUCCAUGGGAAGUUGUAUGCUCCCCAGACUGUUUAGUAGACACUGUAGUUUGGGGGCAGGAACAAAUACAUAAGAAGGAAACAAAAAAGUAACAAAAAACAAACAAACAUAAAAUACUGUAAAUCAAUUACACACACACACACAUACAAACACACACACACACACACACACACACACAUGUAUCAAAUUUCUAUUUUUAGAACUUUAGGAGAGUUCAGCUUCUUGACCUCAUCCUCAUCAUCAUCACCACCAGCAACAGCAGUAGCAGCCUUAACAUUGCCAUCCGAAAUAUUUUAACCAUUAUUAUUAUAACCAUCAUUACCUGGCACCGCUGACAGUACUGUCAACAUUUUAAUUGCUGUCCUUUAUCUGGUGCCAGCACAACCACUGACAGCAACUAGCAGUUGCAGUAAUAACAGCAGCAGCAACACCACUACCACCACCACUACCAUCACCACCACCACCACCACCACCACCAUCACUACCACAACCAAAACCCUCAGUACAGCAGCAACAAGCCAUUGAUGUUACUACAAUUGGUACUAUAACCAUUGUUCACCCACCCAUAAACACACACUCCAUUCACACAUGCAAACAUAUAUAUAUAUAUAUAUAUAUAUAUAUAUAUAUAUAUAUAUAUAUAUAUAUAUAUAUACACACAUAUAUGUAUAUACUCAUACACACAACUUCUGGCUGAAGCCAGGCCUGGCUUUUCCUCAUCUCCCAUUUGCCAUCCAUAAAGAGUUGCAGCAUCAGCAGGAGUAGCAGAGGUGACAGAGAAAGUGACUGAAGUGUAGACAGAAGAGAGGUAGAUGCAGUAAGGUUACUAAUGUCUUUUUUUUUUUUUAACUAAAAGGGUAUUUGAUGCAAGGAUUUCAAGUUAAUUUCCUGUAUCAAGAUUUGAAAAAAAAAAAAAUAUUUAUCAAUCUAAAUCUAUUAACUGAACUACACACAAGCAGAUGUCACACAGGGAUACCUACUUAUUUUUAUCACACAAAACUUUCAUAUCAUUUAUGUCUAUAAUCAGAUAUACAUUGAUGCAACAUUGUGUAUGUAUAAUUAACUAGAUACAUAAUCUUCACAUAAAUAUUGAAGUAUAUAAACCUAAAAAUAUACUUAUAGGCUAGUAAUUUCAGAUAGAUGUGUGAAAGUCAUUACUGAAAUGUUCAUGGUUGACAGGAAAAAAAGAAGCAAAAAGUAAACACAUUGAAUUUUAGACAGUGGAAAAGAAAGAACAAAGAGGAAAAAAAAAAUAUUCUCUGAAAUUAUAAAAUUUUAAAAUAUUUAGAAAUGCUUCUUUACGCAAAUUACUUGUGUCUAUUAUUAUUGUUUAAGACAGCUGUUUGUAUAGAUGUUCUGAAAGUAACAGCAAAAGCCUUUACAGGAAGCAAGUUGACCACAGAGUUUGAUCAAACUCCUGACAGUCGCAGUCGUACUAUAGGGACCAAAUCCAAUAGCUAUCUACCUGAUGCAAAAACCACUACAACUGCACCAACUAUGGGUACCAAUCUAUUGAGCAGUAAUGACAACACACACACAGCUAGUAUAUUGCAUACCACUAAAUCAGACAGUGCUACCAUUAAUCAUCAAAGACGGCCACCUAGAACAACUCAGGUAAAGUUUCUAUCAAGUACAACUUCCUCACCAACAAGACAUUUUUUUACAAGUGUUAAUAGUUUACAGCCUAAAAAGUUAACUACAAAAAGCAGAAAUAAUAGCAUUAGGAAAGCAAAAGUGUCACAAAAGGAAACUGAAGAACCAAUUGAAGAUAAGGUGGAAUAUUCUGAAUUUCAAGAUCUUUUACCUGUCGUUGCAUUGGUGGAAAAGUUACAAAGUCAAGUGACAGAUUUACAACGAUUGCAUGAUCAGGACAAGUUAGAAAGAGCCAAAAUACAGCAACAGUUAUCACAUCAAGGAGCAAAAGUCAGACAAAUAACAAAUGAUAUCUUCUACUUAAGGCGAAUGGCAUCAAAGAAUGAACACCAGAUAAAUAGCUUAAGUGGUGCAAUUGAAAAUCAACUAAUGACACAAGCUUCUUUGAGAAACACUGAAGCUGAACUGAGAGUUAGAUUAGAUGAUUUUAGAUUCCUGGAGAUGAAUAUCAGUCAAAUGGUAUCAGAUUUGCAUUACACAUUUCAGAACUUCACUUCAGAAACAUUAGCAGUUUCUGAAGAAGUUGAAAAGUUGAAGCAAGAAAUGAAAAACAUCUCAGAUAUAAAUACCAAUCAAUCAUCAGCUAUCAAACAUAUGCAAAAAGUUGUCAGUGGUUUUGUGGUUGAACUUGUACCUGAGGGUUAUUAUAAAGAAAGUCUGGAUAAUAUAACUCCACAGCAAGAAGGAAUUUUAGUUGAUGUGAAAACAAAACAAAUUGCUAACAAAAUGAAAUACCUAAUGUCUGAAUCUGAAGAUAAUUCAGGUGACACUAUACCAGAAAAUACAACAAAUUUUGGAGGAUUUCAGCAAAAACUUUCGAAGAGCUCUGUUGCUCUAAAGAGCACUGAAGAAGCUCAGAGAUUAAAAAAAUAUGAGCAAGAGCUAACAAAAUUGCAUAAAAUGUUUGUUAACCUAAGUGUUGAUUUUGAAUAUUUCAAGUCAAUGUUUACAUCUAAUCAAUUGAAGAUGAGUGAUGGACAUUUUCAAAACUUAGUUUUGAAUUUAACAGAAAGGAUGGGCUCUGUUGAGAAAUUAAAAGCUUUAAAUGCAGAACUUUUGUCCAAUAACCAAGAAUCUCAAGUCAACAUAUUCCAGAUAAGAAACAUGGUUUUGAAUAAUACACACAAAUUGGCUGAAAUUAAGAAACUAAUGAGAGAAAAUAGAAAUGAAAAUGAAAUCCAACCUAAACAAUUUAAAGACCAAUUUUUUGCCAUCAAUAAAUCCAUUGAAGACUUGAAGAAUAAUUUGCACCAUGCAAGGAAUAAAGCUGAACGAAGAUUAGCAGAAAAACUGAAAAUAGUUAGCAAAGAAAUGCAAAUGACUCAGUACAAGUUAACUGCUUUAGAAGCUCGUGUUCUAAAUGAUUCCUUGUCUUUAUGUGUUAAGAAAAACCGUGACUUGGAACAGAAUCUUAAAUUACAUGAUUUAGACAAGAACAUCCGUAAACUUGAAGGCAUCAUGUCAUCUCAAAGGGAUCAAGCAAAAAGAUUGGAAUACCGAGUGUAUCAGCUCCACUACUGGAAUAGGAACCAAUCAGAAAUCAUUGAUGUAUUAAAAAAUCAAGCACAGGCAAUUUACAAUAAUCUGCCUUUAAUAGAACAUGUUGAAGAGGAGUUGAAUAACUUCCGACAUCAUUUACCAACUGAUUGUUCAAACAUAAAGGAGAGUGAUGACUUUUAUUCUAGCAUUCAAGUCAUUUAUCCUCGCGGAAGUAGCAGUUCUGUACAGGUAUUAUGUGAAGUGGACGAAGAUGGAAUCUGGACUGUUUUUCAAAAACGAUAUAAUGGUUCAGUGGAUUUUAAUCAGUCAUGGGAAGAAUAUAAAUAUGGUUUUGGUUCCAUUGAUACUGAAUAUUGGUUAGGAAAUGAAUAUAUUCAUCUUUUAACAAACAAUGAUGCCUAUUCUUUAAAAAUUGAAAUGAUUGAUUUGGAUAAACGUUUGUGGGUUGCAGUUUAUGAUAAUUUCCAUAUCAGUAGUGAGUCAACUGGUUAUACACUGAACAUAGGAACCUACUCUGGUAAUGCAACUGACUCACUUCAAUAUGCUAAUCAUUCUCCAUUCAGCACUGUUGAUGUAGACCAUGAUGCAAGUAGCACUCACUGUGCAGUUCACUAUACUGCAGGAUGGUGGUACAAACACUGUCAUUAUGGCAAUUUAAAUGGACGUUACAAUGUUGGCAUUGUGUGGUUCAACCAGUUGCUAGAUGACUGGAUACAAAUGGAAAGCAGCAUCAUGAAAAUUAAAAAGAUAACUGAUUUUGAACAAACUCCAUUAUAAUGAAUCAUACACAUAUUUCCAUCAUAAUAAUCAAGAAUCUCUAUGUAUGAAUAUAUAUGAAUAUAGCAAAUUGUAUAUAUAUACAUACACUCAACACACAUACAUAUACAUGCAUGCACACACUCACACACAUACAAACAUGUAUAUAAAUAUACACACUGCACAUAUACAUACACCUGUAUGCACACACAUAUACACAUACAUACACAUGUAGUACAUAUAUAUAUGUGUGUGUAUAUAUAUAUAUAUAUAUAUAUAUCCAUACAAGCAUUCGUUUCUGAAUGUUCAAAUGUAUAUAAAUAUAUAUGUGUGUGUAUAUAUAUGAAUAUAUAUAUGUAUCUCUCUCUCUCUCUCUCUCUCUCU